GUUACACAAACCCCACUCAGUCACUCACUGACUGUGUCCUUAAACACAAUCUCCAAGAUUCUAUUCUUUUCGUGGAUCAUCUUCUACUUCUUCUUUUUUCAAAAUUUCCGUGUCUUUUGGAGUUACUUUCGAGGACAGAUCUUGAUUGGACUCAACCAGCUCAACGGAAGAAGAAACAAAAUGGCAUCGCGUUUGGGGGUUUCUAUUGGCGCAGCUUUGGGCUCCUCCUCUCACUGGGACGACGGAAGACGACGACGUGACUUCUCCUCUUCUGUGAAUUUCGCGGCACCGGCGAACUGGAGGAACCGGAGAGGAGGUAGUAAAAGCGGUGUGAGGAUUCUUAGGGUUUCUAAUGAAGGAGCUGAAUCGUACCUCGAUAUGUGGAAAAACGCUGUUGAUCGCGAGAAGAAAGACAAGGCCUUUGAGAAAAUUGCUGAGAAUGUUGUAGCCGUCGAUGGUGAGAAGGAGGAAGGAGGUGAAUUGGAGAAGAAGACUGAUGAGUUUCAGAAGAUUCUGGAAGUUUCUGUGGAGGAAAGAGAUCGGAUUCAGCGAAUGCAGGUCGUUGAUCGUGCCGCUGCAGCCAUCUCGGCGGCUAAAGCGAUUCUAGCUUCUAACAAUUCCACCAACGGGAAAGAGGGGUUCCCAGAUGAUGAUAACAAUGACUCAGUUGAGGUCACGGAGACCUCGAAAAAUGCUAAACUUGGAAUGUGGAGCAGAACUGUGUAUGUGCCUCGGUCAGAAACUUCUGGGACUGAGACGCCAGGACCAGAUUUUUGGUCUUGGACACCACCUCAAGGUAGUGACAUAAGUUCGAAUAUGAAUGUGGACUUGCAGGCUGUGGAAAAGCCUGCUGAGUUUCCAACUUUGUCAAAUCCUGUAUUGGAGAAAGACAAAUCAGCAGAUUCUCUUUCCAUACCCUAUGAGAGUAUGCUUUCUUCUGAAAGACACAGUUUUACUAUCCCGCCUUUUGAGUCUUUGAUCGAGGUUCGAAAAGAGGCAGAGACAAAGCCUAGCUCCGCUGAGACAUCGUCAACAGAACAUGAUCUUGAUAUCAUAUCUUCAGCAAAUGCGGAAGAAGUUGCUAGGGUUCUUGAUAGUUUGGAUGAGUCUUCAUCCUCUGGAGUUAGUGAAGACGGAUUGAAGUGGUGGAAGCAAACGGGUGUAGAGAAAAGACCUGAUGGUGUGGUUUGCAGGUGGACAAUGAUACGUGGGGUUACUGCUGAUGGUGUUGUUGAGUGGCAAGACAAGUAUUGGGAGGCGUCUGAUGAUUUUGGGUUCAAGGAACUUGGUUCUGAGAAAUCAGGUCGUGAUGCGACUGGAAAUGUGUGGCGUGAGUUCUGGAGGGAGUCGAUGAGCCAGGAGAAUGGUGUCGUGCAUAUGGAGAAAACGGCAGACAAAUGGGGAAAGAGUGGGCAAGGUGAUGAAUGGCAAGAGAAGUGGUGGGAGCAUUAUGAUGCUACCGGAAAAUCAGAAAAAUGGGCUCAUAAGUGGUGCAGCAUUGACCGCAAUACACCCCUUGAUGCUGGCCAUGCUCAUGUCUGGCAUGAAAGGUGGGGAGAGAAGUAUGACGGGCAAGGCGGAAGCACAAAGUACACAGACAAGUGGGCGGAACGGUGGGUAGGGGAUGGAUGGGACAAAUGGGGAGACAAAUGGGACGAGAACUUCAACCCGAGCGCUCAAGGAGUGAAACAAGGUGAGACUUGGUGGGAAGGGAAGCAUGGUGACAGAUGGAACCGAAGUUGGGGAGAAGGUCACAACGGAUCAGGAUGGGUUCACAAAUACGGUAAAAGCAGCAGCGGAGAACACUGGGACACACAUGUACCACAAGAAACUUGGUACGAGAGGUCCCCUCACUUUGGCUUCUUCCACUGUUUUGACAACUCAGUCCAGCUCCGAGCCGUUAAGAAGCCUUCUGAUAUGUCCUAGAAAAUAAUUCAAACACAAGGCAAUAAAUAAAUAAGCUGGGACUAUAAGAAUUGGCCUUGCACUCUAGUAUAAAGUAGUUGAUGAUCAAUUGCAAUGUAUUUAUUAUCACUUCUAAUAUGUUUUGGUGUUAUAUUUAUAGAUGUUGCCUAAGUUUAUUUGGUACUU